AUGGCUAGGCGACGACAGUACACUAAUUGCGCACGGCUGUUGUUGGCCGGAUGCGCGUGGGCAUGCGCGCUGCUCACUUCUGUCGCUGCUGAAGCACAUCCUGAUGUUGAUACGUCCACUGGACUUGGUGAUAACACACUCACUAAUUCAGCGCGGAAUAGAAGCGAAAGCGGGUUCGCCACAGCUAGACGCAGGAGUGAGCGGGGUGCGCCGCGCGCGUCCUGA